UUCUUGAAGCAGUAGUAGCUUCUUGUCCCAAAAUUGGGCAUGAGAUAAGUAAUAAAAGAAAUAGAAAUGCCAAAAUUUUUGAUGUCAUCGUAGAAUCUGUGUGGCUAAACGUUGCCGAAUACAACACGGGACGAAUUCCCGAGAUGACAAAAUUC